AUGUUGCUCUUAAAGACCUUGGAGUAUUUAUUUUAUUUGCUGCUCUUGGCUUUUAUGUGCAAAUAUGCACAGGCGGCCAGUUUACAGCCAACGGAGGCAACAGCAGCACCGACGAUGCCCGCAGAAACCUUGAAAGAGCCACAGAAAGAACCAAUGCGAAAUCCAAUGGAUGACUGCGAGAUUUCCGCGUUUAGUUGGAUGUGCUUGAAAAUUGAAUUCGUGAAGAUUAUGGAACGACUAGCUGAGCUGCAAGAGGUGACGGUCUUGCCGGGCGUUAGUGUCGUGAAGGAUGUUAAUGCCACAGAGCUGAAGACCUCCGAACUCAUGGCGGAAGUCGCACGCAGCUACCCUAGUGACCCCAACACACGUCUUAAUGGCUAUAUACUGGCAAAAAUUGAAAAUUUGUUGAAGACACGUUUUCUACGCUUCCGUUUGCUGGACGAUAAGGGGGUUCGGGAGGCACGCUCUGCCGUUGAGAGCGGUCGCAAGCACAAAUUUGGCAAAAAGGGGGGCCUGGAGGCUCUGAUUGCCGCCGGCGUCAUGAUGAAAGGCAUGAUGAUGGCUAUGGGCUUCGGUGCAAUUGCUUUGAUAGCUGGCAAGGCGCUGAUGACAGCACUAAUGGCCCUCACACUCUCUGGUGUACUGGGCCUGAAGAGUUUGGCGGGUGGCGGCAAGUCCACUACAUAUGAGAUUGUGGCCAAACCCAUCUACACCUCGAGCCAUUCACAUUCAGUGAGCCAUGAGGAUGGUCACGGACAUAGCGCCCACUACGGCGGGGGUGGUGGAGGAGGCUUAGGUACAGCCAGUGGGUAUGGAGGCUACGGACGUGCUCUUAACCUGGAGCCACCCAGCCAGCUGCAGAAGUUGUAG